AUGGUCGCUGCCCCUGGCGUCUGCGAGGACAUUCCACAUACCGGCAUCGACGACAAGGAUGAUUUGGAGAAUCUGACGAUUGUCUUGCAGAAACUUCGGGAAGCGGGCCUUAGGUUGAAGCUGAAGAAUACCUGUGGGGGAAGGCUGUUCACUGCUGUAACAGACCACCAGCCAUUGCUAGGACUUUUUGGUUCAAGUCGAGGUGUGCCAAGCCAGGCAUCACCGAGAGUCCUCUGGUGGGCACUUACACUAUCAAGUUAUCAAUUCAAGCUCAUCUACAAGCCAGGCAGUAUGCUAGGCCAUGCUGAUGGACUCAGCCGGCUACCUCUUCCUGCAACUGAGGUUCACGACUCUACGCCUGCCAAUGUCUUCAUGUUGGAACAAGCGUACCCUGAUGUCCUGUCACCUGCAGUUGUUAGACGUGCCACGGCAAGGGAUCCCAUGCUGUCACAAGUGGCUGAGGCUGUCCUGACCAGGAGUCCUAUUCCGGAAGGUGGAGACUGGGGCCCUUAUACUACGAGGACCAAUGAACUUAGUCUGCAUGAAGGAUGCCUCUUGUGGGGAGCCUGUGUCAUCGUUCCCAAGUCCCUGCAGUCCCAAGUACUUAAGCUUUUGCAUGCUGGCCACCCUGGAAUUGAGAAAUCAAAGAUGAUUGCUAGGUCCCAUGUGUGGUGGCCUGGAAUUGACAAUGACAUGAUAAACCUGGUGCGGAGCUGCCUUGUUUGCCAAGCGCACCAGAAGUCUGCUCGGAGGAUACCAGUUAUGCCAUGGCCAUUUCCUGACAAGCCCUGGUCCAGGAUCCAUGUUGAUUUUGCAGACAUCAUUGUUUCCGACAAUGGGCCAGCAUUCACCAGCAGCCAGUACGCUGACUUCCUGAACAGGAAUGGCAUCCGUCGCAUGAUGGUGCCUCCAUAUCACCCUGCUUCUAACAGGGCUGCAGAGCGGAUCAGCCAGCUGAGCAACAAGCAACAGCGCCUGUGGAGCCUGCAGGAGCUACUGCUGAGUCAGAACAGCCACCAAGUCAGUCCCACAACAGAACUGAGCUGCCAGCAGCAGUCGUCCCAUCGAGAGGAAGCCCUGUCGCACUGA